AUGCCAAUUGAUGCACCACAAACUCCGCCACCUGAUACCCGACUAGUGCAAACUCAGCAAAUCACGCCGCACAAAGCCCCUGUUGCAUCUGAAAGAGUAACCAUUUGCACAAACACCGGGGGGGAAGGCGUGCUUCAUUCACAGCCUCGCCACCGCUGGACCAGGGCAGAAAAAACAGCAUAUGCGGACUUUAUGCGUGGCCGAUGUCAUAUGUCCUGGCCCGGGAUAGCAGACGAUUACUGGAAGACCACGGGGAAUCGGCUUAGUGUCAAUUCUCUAAGGCAGCAGGCUAAGCGAAUGGGAAUCCAAGUAGAGAGUGGAAAGCCGGAAAGACCUUCGAAAUCGAGCCGGUCGAGCCGAUCAAGCCCCUUGGUGCUGAAGGUCAACUUCCCUCCGCACUCAGGGAAGUCGGCCAAGAAUGAUCAACAACCAAAUUCCAUCGGAAUUAUGCAAGAUGGAGACCAUGGGGUGGGCGACAGACUAGAAGCCUCCAAAAUGCAUGGGCAUAACACUGAGCCCAAAUACUCCACGCCGAAUUCACCUUACUCACCGCAAGAUAUACCCAUGUCCAACGAUAAGCGCAACCUUCAAACUCAAGGCUCCGGCCAGGAUUCUGCCGGCCAGCUGAACUGGAUGUUAAACUGA